AUGGAGGCGGCGGCGGCGUUGAAGGUGGAGGAGUUGACAUCCGGAGCGAGUGGCCGUAUAAUUCCGGUCUUCCGGAACAUCCGUCAGUCAGUCCUCUCUUACGACUCCUUCCGUAGAACUUUCCUUCUAAUUUAUUCCUUCUUCGUCUGGAUCCUGCUCGUCCUCCCUCGCCGCCGCCGAUUAUCGUCAGCUGCCGCCUCACCUCCCUCGUCCCCUACAGCGGCGCCGCCAUCGGUGAAGCGCCGGAAUUUCGUCAUCCGGAGAGACGAAGAGGACACCAUGAGGCGCAGGGCCCUGGCGGAGGCGAUUGAGAUGGUGGUGGACGACGGCAGCGGCAGCCAGUGCACUACGUUCUUGUUUUACGGUGUAAGGCGGAAUGCUCUCUUUUGCCGAUCGUGGUUUCCUGUCUCCGGUGAAACCAAGGGUAUUCUGAUUAUCAUCCAUGGACUUAACGAACAUAGUGGACGUUAUGCCGAAUUUGCUAAACAGUUGGUCUCCUGUGAAUUUGGGGUCUAUGGAAUGGACUGGAUAGGCCAUGGAGGAAGUGAUGGAUUGCACGGAUAUGUUCCUUCACUGGAUCAAGUUGUUGCAGACACUGCUUCAUUCUUGGAAAAGGUCAAGUUAGACAACCCAGGUGUACCGUGCUUCUUGUUUGGUCAUUCAACUGGAGGGGCAGUGGUUUUGAAAGCUGCAUCAUAUCCCCAUAUAGAAGAAAUGUUGGAGGGGAUCAUAUUGACGUCACCCGCUUUACGUGUCAAGCCUGCGCAUCCGAUUGUCGGUGCUGUAGCACCGCUAUUCUCCUUGGUAGUUCCAAGGUUCCAAUUCAAAGGCGCCAACAAAAGGGGAAUUCCAGUUUCUCGGGACCCAGCAGCUCUUUUUGCCAAGUACUCGGACCCUCUAGUCUACACCGGGCCCAUUAGAGUUCGUACUGGACAUGAGAUUCUACGCAUCUCCUCAUACCUCAUGCGCAAUUUUCAGUCUAUCACAGUACCAUUCUUCGUCCUGCAUGGGACAGCUGAUAGAGUUACAGAUCCAUUGGCCUCUCAGGACUUGUACUAUGCAGCACCUUCUAAGUAUAAGGACAUCAGACUCUACGAGGGCUUUCUGCACGACCUUCUUUUUGAGCCCGAGCGUGUAGAUAUUGCUCGGGACAUCAUUGACUGGAUGGAAAAGCGACUGAGCACACCAAGUCAUGAGAAUGUCAUGGGUUAUUGGUGA